CUCUGUAACAAGCACUUCCGGCGCCAUGUCAAACCCGAAAGUAUUCCCACUGAAAUGUCCAGUGCAGACCUACCACUGGGGUAAAGUGGGGAAGGACAGUGAGGUAGCCAAACUGUCCCUCAGUGGAAAUUCAGACUUCAAAUUAGAUGACAAGACUACAUAUGCUGAGCUAUGGAUGGGCACACACCACAAGGGGCCAUGCAUUCUAGACACACCCAACAUGGAUAACACCACACUGGCACAGUGGGUGGCAAAGAACCAGGAUGACCUAGGGUCCAAGGUCAAGGACAAAUUUCAAGGUCAACUUCCAUAUCUCUUCAAAGUCCUCUCAGUGAACAUGUCCUUAUCAAUACAGGCACAUCCAAACAAGUCCCAUGCUGAACAGCUGCACAAAGACCACCCAGACAGGUAUCCUGAUCCCAACCACAAGCCAGAGAUAGCAAUAGCACUGACUCCCUUCCAAGGCAUGUGUGGUUUUAGGCCCAUAGAGGAAUUGGUUAAGUUUUUAAAAGCAAUCCCAGAGCUCCAGUCAGUGAUAGGCUUGGAGAACGCACAGGGAGUUAUCUCAGCCUCGUCUGGGAAAGCACAACAGGCUGCUCUGAAACAGGCAUUCACUGCGCUGAUGUCAUGUGACCCCAAGAUCGUAGAGACAAACUUACAGGCACUUAUUAGCAAGGUUCAGGGGAGAGUUGCUGCCAAAGAAGAUGUGAGUGAUGUGGAAGGAGAACUGUUGUUACGUCUGAACCAGGAGUUUCCAGGAGACGUGGGCUGUUUCUGUAUCUACUUCCUCAACAUUAUGAAUCUACAGCCUGGGGAGUCCAUGUUCCUGGAAGCUAACCUGCCCCAUGCUUACCUCAAAGGAGAUUGUAUCGAGUGUAUGGCAUGCUCAGACAAUGUAGUACGGGCUGGCCUUACCCCAAAAUUUAAAGAUGUUCCUACACUGUGUGACAUGCUUAUCUAUGAACCAAAGUCUGCCAAAGAAAACCUGUUUGACAGCAUGAAGGAUAGCAAAGACGGCAACAUCACACACUACCAACCAAAUAUACCUGAUUUUGCUGUGGAUAAAUAUGAGCUCUCCCAAGAUAUCAAAGAGUACACCAUCCCAAGUAUGGAUAGUGCCAGCAUUGUUCUAGUUAUAAAGGGAGAGGCAGAGGGAAAGAACCAAACUCUAGGAGACAAGGCCGUUCAGCUACAGAGGGGAACUGUGCUGUUCAUAGCAGCCAACCAAGAGGUGCAGCUUACUCUGAAAGGAUCAGAUAUACUCAUGUUCAGGGCAUAUUGUGGCAUAUAGAAUGUUUUGAUAGUGUAUAUUUUAGUAUAUAUUUUAAUAUACAUGAAUAUUUGAGGUAGCCUAUAGGAAUUAUUACCUACCAGGGUAUUGGCUUGAAGGUGUGUUUAGAUAUAACUUAGACUGAAACUUACAUGGGAGAAUUGUCAGGUGUGUUCAGAUUUAACUUAGACUGGAACUGGUUUGGGUCAAAAACGAGUGAUAAGGCGAGCAGAUUGAUGAUGAACCUGUAAUGGAACACCUUUUAAAUUUGUAGAAAAAAAAUUACCAUCUGCAAAUAUUACCAGAUCAAGUGGGUCUAAUCAUUUGUUGGUGAAAAUUCUAUUAUAAAAGUGCACUCAACAAAAAGCACUGAAAAAUACAUGUAACAUUUGCAUCUAGUUCAGGCCCAAAACUUUUCAAUUAACCCAUAUUUCUCUACUCACCUCUCUCUGCAUUAAUACCCUCCAGUAAAAUUUAGAGCCUAAGAUCUAUCUUUUUCAAAUAAAAAUCUAGUGACACAUUCUAGUCCUAAACUGGUUCUAAGUUUUGUCUUAGUAUGUCUAUGAUCAUGGCAUUCACAUUAUUUCCCUGUCCCACUGGUUGGGGUGUAUGUACACAAAAAGGAAAGGGGGGGGGUCCUAAUUGAAGAAAUAUUGUUCCAAAACAGUAAGUUUUAUUGACAACAUGUUAAAUGUAUUGGGGUUGUACCCAAAUGGGAAUAUAGAAAAGAAAUGGAGGUUUGUUAUUGUUUCUAAAAUAUGUGUGGAAUGUGGCAGUGUUAUUAGACUUAGUGGAGUUUUAUGAGGGGAGUGUGUAAAAAGUGUCUUGACAUAGCUCAAAUGGUCUUUUUGGGCCAAAUUUUCAUAGUUACAAAUGUAGAGCUUGCCUGCAUUGAAGAAAAGCAGGGAUAGGAUAUUUCACUUGCUUUGAAACUGUGAUAUUUAUGGUUGAGGUACAUGUAUGUCAGUCAAGAAAUAUAUGGUUGGAUUUUAAGUGAGAGAACCAAGUUAAUAUCAGAUUUUGGGCACAAGCAAUCAUCUCUGGCAACGUUUUAACAUCAGCAUUUUCUAAGUCAACUUACUGUGAUCUUAUUACUUACACAAUCAAGUUGAAUGGAGAUACAAUGUACACACAUGGUUUUGAUUUGUUGGAAAAAAAGUGGCUCAGUGGCCUUGUGACAGGGGGUCUGUGGGCUGUUAAAGGUGGAAAACUGCCAAGAAAAAAGGAUCAGGUUUCUGAUUAAAUUACUGGGAAAAUCAUGUCUGGAGUUUUGAUAUUAUAUUUUUGUUGGAACAUUUAACUCUACACACAUCACUUAUUGGGGCAGAAUUGUGUCAGUGUUAUGGUUAACAAAUAAAGGUUACAAUAAAU